AUGGAAAGGUUGCAACGUUUGCUAGGUCAAGGAGCAGGUUUAGGAGGAGGUGUACCACCACAAUCUGAUGGACCAGCCAUUGAUAAUUCGGAAACUGUAUAUAUAUCAUCACUUGCAUUAUUAAAAAUGUUAAAACAUGGAAGAGCAGGUGUACCGAUGGAAGUUAUGGGGUUAAUGUUGGGAGAGUUUGUUGAUGAUUUUACAAUUCAUGUUCAUGAUGUCUUUGCAAUGCCACAGUCAGGAACAGGUGUGUCGGUUGAAGCUGUUGAUGAUGUGUUUCAAACUAGAAUGAUGGACAUGCUCAGACAAACAGGAAGAGAUCAAAUGGUUGUAGGAUGGUAUCAUUCACAUCCUGGUUUUGGAUGUUGGUUGUCUUCAGUUGAUGUGAAUACUCAACAAUCAUUUGAACAAUUAAAUAAAAGAGCAGUUGCAGUUGUCAUAGAUCCAAUCCAAUCAGUAAAAGGUAAAGUUGUUAUAGAUGCAUUCAGAACUAUUGAUACCACAACCUUGAUGAUGGGCCAAGAACCACGUCAAUCUACAUCAAAUGUGGGACAUUUAAAUAAACCUUCUAUUCAAGCAUUGAUUCAUGGAUUGAAUCGUCAUUACUAUUCACUUAAUAUAGAUUAUCAUAAAACAUCGAAUGAAACAAAUAUGUUACUCAAUUUGCAUAAAAAGAAUUGGCAAUCUGGUCUUAUUCUGGGAGAUUAUAAUCAUAAAGAAAUUGAAAAUCUAGAAAGCACUGAAAAGAUGGUAAAUAUAGCUAAAUUAUAUAAUCAAAGAGUUAGUGAAGAAAAAGAAUUGACUGAAGAUCAAUUAAAAACAAGAUAUGUUGGUAAGCAAGAUCCAAAGAAACAUUUGUCAGAUACAGCUGAAAAGUUGAUUGAUAAUAAUAUAAAAACUUUGGUAACUAGUGGAGUAGAUUCUUUGGCAAUUAGAUAA